GGCGGGACUGGCCCGAGGGGCUGCGCGCCGAGGCGGUGGUGCAGCCUGGAGCACCCGGCAGCUGCGGCGGCCGGGGACCCUGGACCCCUCCUCAAGCGAGAAGGAAGGAAGGAAGGAAGGAAGGAAGGAGCAAAGCCCCUCCCACCCAAGGAUGACACUAAACACCCAGCAAGAAGCAAAGACCCCCCUGCGUCGGCGAGCCAGCACUCCACUGCCCUUGUCCGCCCGGGGCCACCAACCUGGCCUCCUAUGUACAGCACCUUCCACAAAAUCCCAGCAUCCCCGGCUGGGCCAGUCAGCCUCCCUCAAUCCUCCCCCCCGGCAACCUUCACCUGCCCCCAAUGGUUGGUCCUCUGAAUCCAGCGACUCUGAAGGCUCCUGGGAGGCCCUCUACCGCGUGGUACUGCUUGGAGAUCCUGGCGUAGGGAAGACCAGCCUGGCCAGCCUCUUUGCAGGGAAGCAAGAGCGAGACCUCCAUGAACAGCUUGGAGAGGAUGUGUACGAGAGGACCCUCACGGUGGAUGGAGAGGAUACCACGCUGGUGGUCAUGGACACCUGGGAGGCUGAGAAACGGAUAAUACAUGCUCACUGUAGAACUUUGAAGAAAUACAACCAGAGAGAAGGAUGUAAAAAUCACCGGGAGCCUAUCUCAGAUGAAAGCUGGAGCCAGGAUUCAUGCCUGCAGGUGGGCAGCGCCUAUGUCAUCGUGUAUUCCAUCGCAGACAGAGGCAGCUUCGAGAGUGCCUCUGAGCUCCGCAUUCAGCUGCGGCGCACGCAUCAGGCCGACCAUGUGCCCAUCAUCCUGGUGGGCAACAAGGCUGACCUGGCACGCUGCCGGGAAGUCUCCGUGGAAGAGGGCCGCGCCUGCGCGGUGGUGUUCGACUGCAAGUUCAUCGAGACGUCGGCCACGCUGCAGCACAACGUGGCCGAGCUCUUCGAGGGCGUGGUGCGCCAACUGCGCUUGCGCCGCCGGGAGAGCUCGGCCCCGGCGCCUCCCGCGCCCCGACGGCGCGCCAGCCUGGGUCAGCGGGCUCGUCGCUUCCUGGCACGGCUGACGGCCCGCAGCGCCCGCCGGGCACUCAAGGCCCGCUCUAAGUCUUGCCACAACCUGGCGGUGCUCUGAGGCUGCCCUGCCUUCUGGGGGUGGCGGAGCACUGGGCUGCAUUCUGAGCUCCACCGAUGCCACCGAGGGUCCUCGACGCAGUUGCCUGGACUCGGCACAGUGGGCUGUGCCUGUCCGCUGCCCCGAGGGCCGCAGCAUCUCCCAGAGCUGCAGCUUCAGGGACCCCCUCCGCCCCAGGAAGGGGUGGACAGACUAUGGGACCGAAGCCUCAAGUUGGGCACAGAGUAGGGUUUUGUUUUUGUUUUUUUUACGCGGUGCGUGUCUUUUUGUAAAAAUCUUCCUUGUCCCUUGGCUCUGGCCAACUCACAAUAAACCAGACCAGAAGGA